CUUUACUUCUACCCUGCUGAAAAUGUUGAAAUGCUGGACUUGAACUUUGUGACUCGAUUAAAAGCUUGCUUUCUGGGGGGAAAAAAAAAAGAGUUCCAAGCCGAAACAGACAUCUGGCACGAAGGAAGCAUGAGAAUGAUCCGGUAGGCGACUGCGAGAAGUUUGUGAAACCAGAGAACCUUCAGUUUACAGGAGGGAUGAAGGAGCUCAAGGUCAACUGAUCCUAGAAUGCUCCACCACUGGCUGGAGCCUGGAGUAAGAUGGAGACUACAUACUGGGAUGUGAUGUUUGGGAUCCUCCAUGUGUGGUUGUUUGCAGUGAUGGGGCUCAUUCUGUUCCCUACCAUGUUUGGGGUCUCGCUGGGCUUCACUAAUCUCUAUAUUAAAGUGCUCGUCAAAAUACUAGAGUGGGCCACCCGGAGAAUCCAGAGAGCACGACCGAAACAGCUUGAAGUGCCAGCACAUCUCCCCAAUGGAAUUAUCGAGAAGGACGAUGGUUCAAUGGAAGAUGAGAUCGGGGAACUGCGGCACAACGGGGGAGACUUUGCACUCUCUGACGUCUUUUAUUUUUGCAAGAAGGGUGUAGAGAGCAUCGUGGAGGAUGAAGUCACUCAGAGAUUCACAUCAGAAGAGCUGGUUUCCUGGAACCUUCUGACUCGCACCAACAACAACUUUCGCUACAUCAGUGUGCGACUUACCAUCAUAUGGGGUCUUGGUGUCUUCAUCCGCUACUGUGUCCUUCUGCCACUCAGGGUCACCUUGGCUGUUAUUGGACUGAGCUGGCUGGUGAUUGGCACAUCGCUUGUAGGUCUCCUACCUAGCAGCAGUGUGAAAGACUGGGUGAGUGAGCUGAUUCACAUUACCUGCUAUAGGAUCUGUACCAGAGGACUAUCAGCCACCAUCCACUACCACAAUAAAGAAAAUCGUCCGAAGAAAGGGGGAAUCUGUGUGGCAAACCACACGUCUCCAAUCGACACCGUCAUUUUGGCAAAUGAUGGAUGUUAUGCCAUGGUGGGUCAGAUUCAUGGUGGAAUGUUGGGGGUCAUUCAGAGGGCAAUGGUGCGAGCCUGCCCACAUGUGUGGUUUGAGAGGUCGGAGAUAAAGGAUCGCCAUGCAGUGGCCAAACGACUGAAGGAUCAUGUUGCUGACAAAACCAAGCUGCCCAUUCUUAUAUUCCCAGAGGGAACUUGCAUCAAUAACACAUCUGUCAUGAUGUUCAAAAAGGGAAGUUUUGAAAUCGGAGCUACGAUUUAUCCAGUAGCAAUAAAGUAUGACCCCCGGUUUGGGGAUGCUUUCUGGAACAGUGCAAAGUACAACAUGGUGAGCUAUCUCCUCAGGAUGUUUACCAGCUGGGCCAUAGUGUGUAACGUCUGGUACCUUCCACCUAUGAAUUGCCAGGACGGAGAGGAUGCAGUACACUUUGCUAACAGAGUCAAGUCAGCUAUAGCACAGCAGGGAGGAUUGGUCGAUCUCUCCUGGGAUGGAGGCUUGAAGCGACAGAAGGUGAAGCAGUCGUAUAAAGAGGAGCAACAGAAGAUGUACAGCACUAUGAUUGUGGGACAGGACUGAAAGAGACACAUCCAUGUUUUCUUCAUGUCAUUCGUUCUCUGGACUCAGAGUAAACCUAGAACUGAGUUACAUGGGAUCGCUAUCAACAGCCCGUUUAUAGCCUCAGAAAACCCAAAGACUGGAAUUAUUUACGCAUCAGAUAUGAACAUAUCAGGUCAAUUCUCUGUAUCUGUAAAGUUUUUAAAAGAAUCACUUCAAAAAUUACAUGUAUGCACUUUUCCUCUUUUUAAAUGAACAUAAAUCUCACCUGAAAUCAUUUAUAUAAUACACACAGAUUUUCAUACAGUUGCUUUAAAUUAGCAGAAAUUUACACACUUGAACUUCAUGAUCAUCAGAAUGUUUAGUGUGUAAUUGAGUUGGCUUCUUAAGUUGAGUCAGUUCUUUCCAGUAAAUUGUAACAACUGACUUCCAAGCUGUUGUUUCCCCCUUUUUUGUAGGCAAGUUGUAGGCUGUAUCGUCCUAAUUUAAUCAAAAUACCUCAGUGGAAACAUGGAUUCACAGAGGCUUGUAUUUUCCAAUGGACAUUUGAGUGCCUUAUUGAUUAAACAAUGUUUUUAAUAGAUUUUAUAAAAUUCAAUGCAAAAUAAUGUUCUGUUAAAGCUGUGCUCUAUCUUCUAAUUAUUAAACAAUUUCAGCCAUAGUUUGGCACAAAAACAAGCACUGAUUAAAAAUAUCACAAACAUUUUCUGGUUUUAAAAUAAAUGACGAGUCGUUUGAGACUGGAACCAAGUCUAAACCACAUCAGCAAAUCUGCAUCCCAUCACUGCAAAACUGGAUGCGAGGCUGUGAAAGAGCACAGAGAAUUUGGGUGAGACAGAUUUUCAUAGCUAUUGGUUAUAAUAUAUAUAUUUUUUUUUUGGGGGGGGGGGUCUGAUCAACUUGAUUUGGAACUACUGUUACCAACCCAAAGUUGAUUAUUUUUUUUAUAACAGUAUAUCUCCACAUGUUUAAUUCUUGUUACAUGACAGCAGUUUGUCAAAUGUUACAGGUUUUUUUUUUAUUUUUUAAAUGUCUCAUACUUUUUAUCCAUUUAUACAGUGGUGCUUGAAA